AUGGCUUUCAUCCCCUCAGAAAGCAAGGCCAUGGAUGAUGCAUCAGUUCUUCGCAAGCCGCUAUUCAUUGCAGAGCCACCGCUGCACAAAGAUGGGCGGCCGGUUAUUCGGAAAGUUCUCAUCGCAAAUCGUGGAGAAAUUGCUUGUCGGAUUAUCCAGACUUGUCGCAAAUUGAACAUCGACUCCGUGGCGGUGUAUGUUGACGAAGAUGCCUCUUCCCGCCAUGUUCACGAUGCAGACGAGGCGAUUAAUAUUGGCAGCAUUGACCAAAGCACCCAGAACCCGUUUCUUGACAUCGACUUGCUAGUUCAAACAGCGAUCACAACAGGUGCCCAAGCCAUCCACCCGGGCUAUGGAUACCUGAGCGAGAAUGCAGAUUUCGCCCAGCGCGUUCGUGACGCAGGACUUAUCUUCGUUGGUCCAAGCCCCAGCGCUAUGUCCACACUCGGCGAUAAGCGUUCAGCAAAGGAUUACUUGAGGGCUCAUGCGCCUGAUAUUCCGUUGAUCCCCGGCUUUUCCGGAUCAACCCAGGAUGCGGAGGCUUUGAGUAAGGUUGCCCAAGAGAUUGGGUUUCCGGUCAUGCUGAAGGCUUCCGCGGGUGGCGGCGGAAAAGGAAUGCGCAUUGUCCGUGAACCAAGUCAGCUUGAAGAAGAGCUGAAGCGAGCUCAGUCUGAGGCUCGUCGCUCUUUUGGCUCCGACGACUGCAUCUUGGAGAAGUUCAUUGAGAGCAGCAAGCAUGUGGAAAUCCAGAUCAUGGGUGACUCGCAUGGCCAUGUGAUUUCCUUAUUGGAUCGGGAUUGCUCAGUACAGCGGAGACAUCAGAAAGUCAUCGAGGAGACACCUUGCCCCUUCAUUACAGAAGAAACACGGCAGCAAAUGAGCGCAACAGCGAUUCGCGUGGCAGAGCUCAUUGGUUAUGAGAAUGCUGGAACAGUCGAGUUUGUUGUCGAUAUCAAGACGAAUCGAUUCUACUUCCUUGAAGUCAACGCGCGUUUACAGGUUGAGCACCCAAUUACCGAAGAGGUGACCGGUGUUGACCUUGUCGCAUUGCAGCUCUUUGUGGCGGCUGGUGGAAGUUUGGGAAAUCUUCCUCAAGUGCAAAAUAUCACUCAAUAUGGACAUGCCAUCGAGUGUCGACUAUGUGCUGAGAACCCCGAGAAGGACUUUUUCCCAGAGCAUGGAAAAGUUCACCUCUGGCUACCAGGGAGUGGUCCUUUAGCCCCCAGCCGGGAUAUCCGUUAUGAAACAGCCAUCCAGACGGGAUCAUCUGUCUCGAUCUAUUUCGACUCAAUGAUCGCGAAGCUUGUGGUUUGGGCUCCAACAAGAGCACUAGCAAUUGAGAAAAUGAGCAAGGUUCUUGCACACACUGCUUGCGUCGGUGUCAAGACAAAUCAGCUCUUCAUGCAAUCUUGUUUAUCGAACUCGGCGUUCCGUGAUCCAUCAUAUACGACCUCGUUCAUUCCAUCUCAUUUGCAUGAGCUUCUCCAAGCCCCUUCAGUCAAGAGUUGCCCGGAGUUCAAGAAGAUUGUUUCGAUUCUGCCGAGCUUGAUCAUCCGAAGACUUCCGGAUUAUGCUACAGCCUUGCCAAGCUCCAAGCCUCUCCGUUCUGUCCGUAAACAAUUCCGAAAUCAAAGAUUUGAUCCAGUCAAUAUCCACUGCGAUGUCGUUACUACGCCUCACUGGCCCAACACGAUUGGCCAGGAACCGGGGCCUCGUUCAGAGCAACAGGUGAUGUGCAUUUGGAAACCAAAGAGUGCAGGAGAAUUGAAUACCGCCGAAGAAGUAUAUCUUUUCCCAGUUCCACAGGAAAAGGUUUCUCAAGGCGAAGAGUCUUCAGCUGCUGCCGAAAUCUCUUCUCAUUACAAUGAAAUCAGCCAGGCACUACGGACUGGAAAAGCGACAUCUUCUCCAGCCUACGCAGUACGGAUCAAUUCAUGGGUCCCCGCGGAAGGCAAUCCUGCUGUACCAGACUCAUGGCUUGCCUCGACUAUCGAGGUCUCAGUAACCGGAUCCAAGCUUGUGGCGCAUGUAGUCAUUCCUUCGAUGCGGGCUCAUACAUUCGCGGGGCAGGUUGAUCGUGCCCAGCGUAUCUACUGCCAUUUCCCUGCUAUUGGCACCCAUGUUGAGUUCCAGAGAGAUACUCUGCUUUCUUUUGCAGAAAGCAAACGAUCAACAGCCAAGGCAAACAAAGGAGCAGAACAAAGGACCGUCGCUGCACCGAUGCCGUGCAAAGUGCUCUCAAUUUCGAAGAAGAAUGGAGACGAAGUCAAGUCUGGGGACUCGGUCAUGGUUAUCGAAAGUAUGAAAAUGGAAGUCAACAUUUCUGUAACGGCUGCAGGGAAAUUCCAAACACAAUGGAAACAAGGUGAUGCUGUGCAGGAGGGGAAGAUUCUUUGUUCAGUUGUCUAG